AUGGCUUUAAUUUUUAGAGCUGUGGCACAAUUAGCGGGAAUUUCACUAUCUUUGCUGGGAUGGGUUUUAUCUUGUCUUACAAACUACCUGCCACAAUGGAAAAAUCUCAACCUGGACUUAAAUGAAAUGGAAAACUUGACCAUGGGACUCUGGCAGACCUGCGUCACCCAAGAGGAAGUGGGGAUGCAAUGCAAGGACUUUGAUUCUUUCCUGGCUUUGCCUGCUGAGCUCAGGAUCUCCAGGAUUUUAAUGUUCCUCUCAAAUGGCCUGGGAUUCCUGGGCCUGCUGGUGUCGGGGUUUGGCCUGGACUGCUUGAGAAUUGGAGAGCGACAGCAGGAUGUCAAGAAGCGGCUGUUAAUCCUGGGAGGAGUUCUGUUCUGGACAGCAGGAGUCACAGCCCUUGCUCCUGUCUCUUGGGUCGCCCACAGGACAGUCCAGGAGUUCUGGGAUGAGACCAUCCCCGAGACUGUGCCCAGGUGGGAGUUUGGGGAGGCCCUCUUUAUCGGUUGGUUUGCUGGAUUCUCUCUCCUGCUCGGAGGGUGUCUGCUAAACUGGGCCGCCUGCGGGAGCCAGGUUCCCCUGGCUUCCGGUCAAUAUGCAGUGGCAGAAACGUCGCCUCACUGUCUACACCUGGAGAUGAAAACCACUCACCUGAAACUCUAAGCCAGAAGGGAUCAGCGGUGCCCUCAGAUGAUUUGAACGCCUGCCCCUCACUAAAGGCACCGGGUGUUACACUCUCCCCACAGCUGCUCAAGAGCCAGCCGUGGUGUGGAGACCAGCAGCAGAGAUGCUCCCCCCAGCUCGGCAGCCCCGUCUCCAUCCAUGCUGCAAAGCGGAUUUACCCUUCGUUAUCAGAGGUUCCACACCGGUGAUGAAUGAACGCUCUCCAGCACAUCCUUCUCCAUAACUGACACAACAGCUGUGUCUCCGUAAUCCCAGUGGCUUCAUCCCAGCGCCCCAGAGCACGGACACCCAGCAGUCCUGGUGUUCAUGUUCUGACAUGCAAGACGCUGGGUGGGUCCAGGACAGCGGGAUGCCGCCGAGGGAAUACAUACCCUUUUGACUCUCAAACUUCGCCGUUCGGUGGAGUUUCUCACAAAUAGUGAUUUUUUAGCCAGGGUUGAACUGUCACUGUCACUUCGAUUUAACUGGCAACAAAGGAUUAAAAAAAAAAAGAAGAGGAAAUCAGUGCGUACCAAUGUGCUAGAGGAAGCUUGGAAUUGAGAACACUAUCACAGAAAGAAGGUAGUUUAUUUCUUUAAGAAAAUCCUCCCCAAACAAAUU